AUGUGGCUGCAAAACCUGCUUUUCCUGGGCACUGUGGUCUGCAGCAUCUCCGCACCCACCCGACAACCCAGCCUUGUCACCCGGCCCUGGCAGCACGUGGAUGCCAUCAAGGAGGCCCUGAGCCUUCUGAACCACAGUAGUGACACUGCUGCUAUGAUGAAUGAAACAGUAGAAGUCGUCUCUGAAAUGUUUGACCCCCAGGAGCUGACAUGCCUGCAGACUCGCCUGGAGCUGUACAAACAGGGCUUGCGGGGCAGCCUCACCAGGCUCAAGGGCUCCUUGACCAUGAUGGCCAGCCACUACAAGCAACACUGCCCCCCCACCCCGGAAACUUCCUGUGCAACCCAGAUUAUCACCUUCAAAAGUUUCAAAGAGAACCUGAAGAAAUUUCUGUUUGACAUCCCCUUUGACUGCUGGGAGCCAGUCCAGGAGUGAGGCAGGCCGGUCCAGACAGGAGCUAGC